CCCAAAACCCUUCUUCCCCUUUCCUUGUCCAGCGGCGGCGGCGGCGGCGAACUCCCAGCAUCGAAGAUGAUCAUCCCUGUGCGCUGCUUCACCUGCGGCAAGGUGAUUGGGAACAAGUGGGACCACUACCUUGAUCUUCUCCAGGCCGAUUACACGGAGGGGGAUGCUCUGGACGCAUUGGGCUUGGUUCGCUACUGCUGUCGGCGUAUGCUCAUGACCCAUGUUGACCUUAUCGAGAAGUUGCUCAACUACAACACACUGGAGAAAACGGAGACAGCUUAGUUGAACCCAUCCUGCUGUGAAACCCUUGUUCCUCGUCUGGACAUGGGUGGUUUCAAGGUGUGAGCAGGGGCCGAAUGUGAAGCUGGUUCGUUCAUGAAUGUGCAAGAACUGUUAGUGUGACAAUCCGUUUGUACUAUGUAUGUGGUACUAUUAACAAACAUAUGUAUGCACUUCCAUUAUCGAACUUAUUUAGUUCUAAGCUUUGGAUUAUAAAUCCGUGUUUUCUGCUUGAUCUUA